CCUCCUCCACCAAAAUGACGACCCUCUUUUUAUUUUUAGCACAUCUCUCUCGAUCUAAUCAAAUCCAAAAAGAAAAACACAGUAUACACACAAGACAUGGGACUUAUUCGUGCGACCCAUCUCCCUGCUCUCAUCUUCGUCUUCUUUGCUUCAACACCAUUCACCGCUUCAUGCUCUCAACCGCCGGAGGAUAACAAUAAUAAUGCCACCACCGGCGACAUAGACUGGUGGUGCGAUACAACCCCACAUCCUCGACCAUGUAAGUACUUCAUGAGUAACGCAGGCGACAGCCACUCCAACACGUCCAUGCAAAGAUCCGGUUUUCGUAAAAUAGCCGUCGACGUGGCCAUGCAACGCGCCCUCGAGGCUUACCAGCAAGUCCUCCAUCUCCGGUCUGAUUUGGCGAACCACCACCAACGUACUGUCUGGGUGGACUGCCUGAAGCUCUACGACAACACCCUCCUCCAGCUGAACCGGUCCGUCCAGGGCCUCCUUGGGUUGAACCGGACCUGCACCGACUUCGAUAUCCAGACCUGGCUCAGUGCCGCCCUCACCAACAUUGAGGCCUGCCGGCUCGGGUUGCAGGAUCUGAACGUCUCGGACUCCAUCAUGAUUCCCACCUCGUCUGCCAACCUGUCGCAGCUCCUUAGCAAUAGCUUGGCCGUCAACGGGGGAUUGCUCGGAUCGGAGCAGCCCGAGACCGAGUACCAGGAGUUCCCAAGCUGGGUCACCAACCACGAGAGGAAGCUGCUUCAGUCGACAUCGCUGGCCGUGAGGGCAAACCUUGUGGUGGCUAAGGAUGGCUCGGGGAACUUCCGAACGGUCCAAGCGGCGAUCGACGCAGCGGCGAAGCGGACGUCAAUGAGCUCGAGGUUCAUAAUUUACGUGAAGAAAGGGGUUUACAGAGAGAACAUAGAGGUUGGGAUCAACAACAAUAAUAUUAUGCUGGUGGGUGAUAGUAUGAGAAAUACCAUUAUUACGAGUAGUAGGAGCGUUGGUGGGGGUUUCACCACCUACAGCUCUGCGACAGCCGGAAUAGAUGGCCUAAGCUUCAUUGCCCGCGACAUCACAUUUAGCAACACCGCAGGCCCGCUAAGGGGACAGGCUGUGGCGCUCCGAUCGACCUCAGAUCUCGCUGUUUUCUACCGUUGUGCCAUCCAAGGAUACCAAGACACGCUCUUCGUCCUCUCUCAACGACAGUUCUAUCGACAAUGCUACAUCUAUGGCACCAUAGACUUCAUAUUCGGGAAUGCAGCGGUCGUAUUCCAGAACUGCAUGAUCUAUGCUCGGAGGCCAUUGAAGGGCCAAGCAAACAUUAUCACCGCUCAGGGCCGAAAUGACCCGUACCAGAACACGGGCAUUGUGAUCCAGAAUUCACGGGUUAUGGCCGCACCGGACCUUCUUCCAGUACUUCAGGCGUUCAAAACAUACUUGGGAAGACCGUGGCAGCUAUACUCUCGGACCAUAUUCCUAAAAACCUACUUGGGGUCUUUGGUGAGCCCGGUGGGUUGGUCCUCGUGGGACGGUUCUAAUUUUGCACAAAGUACACUGUAUUACGGAGAGUACCAGAACUUUGGACCCGCAUCUUCCACGAGAUAUAGGGUAAGGUGGCCAGGUUAUCAUGUCAUAACAAGCGCGAAUGUAGCGUCUCAGUUCACCGUGAGCCGCCUCAUUGCCGGCCAAUCGUGGUUACCAGCAACUGGCAUACCUUUUACUCCAGGUCUUUGAUAAUCUCGCUCAUUGUGAACUUAAUCUAAACAAUAAUUCUUCUCUAUGGUUAUCUUUUUG